AUGGGGGGAGCAACGGGGGAGGACGGGCCUAAGUAUGAAACGGCGCACGAAGCGGGGGGGAACUCAGGGAGCGGGGCGACAGCGCAUGGGGCGGGGGAGAACGCGGGGAGCGGAGCAACAGCGCACAAUGCGGGAAAGGAGGGGGGUGAGGCGGCAACAGCGCACGAGACGGGGGAGGAGCGGGGCGAGAUUGCGACAGUGCACGGGACGAUGAGGGAGGGGAUGGCGGUGCUGAUUGACGUGAACGGCGAAAAGGCGUCUUUCGCCAUGCUGCAGCGAAACAGAACCGCACGGGUGGGCAAGCAGCAGUGCUCCCUCGCGCCCCUCAUAGGCUGCCCCUAUCGUCUAUCCCUCUUCCCCCCUUCAUCAUCUCUUCUUCCCGUGCCAACUCUUCCCCCUUUCCCCAUUCUCCCCUCCUCCCCUCCCCGCGCCCCCCUCUCCGCCCAGAACUGUGCGGGUGGGCAAGCAGCAGUGCUCCCUCGCGCCCCUCAUAGGCUGCGCCUAUCGUGUUUCCUUCGUCUCCCCUUCAUCCUCUCUUCUUCCCCUGCCAACUUUUCCCAUUUCUCCCUUCCCCCAUUCCCACCUCUCUGCCUCCCCCCUCCCCAUCCUCCCCUCCCCACCCCCCUCUCCUCCUCCCCAGCACCGUGCGAGUGGGCAAGCAGCACUGCUCCCUCGCGCCCCUCCUCAGCUGCCCCUUUUGCUUCCCCCCACUCCCCCCGCCCCUCUUCCCCUCUUCCCCCCAGCACCGUGCGAGUGGGCAAGCAGCAGUGCUCCCUUGCCCCCCUCAUAGGCUGCCCCUUUGGGUCUGUCUUUGAGCUGCGCAUGGGGGGAGAGGAGGGCGCAGGGGGGGGCGGGGGGGAGGGGGGAGGCGGAGAGGGGGAAGGCGGAGAGGGGAGCCAAGCGAAGGGCGCGGGAGGGGAGAAGGAGGAUGAUAAGGGCGAUGGGGGGAAGGGCGGAAGGGGAAAAUGGGGUGGACGGGUGGGAGGAAGAGGUGGAGGGGGGAGGGGAGGGGGGAGAGGAGGAAGGAGGCCGCAGCUGGUGCGAGUGUCAAAGGAGCAACUGAGGGAAGGUGAGCAAGCAGCAUCGGGCCAUGAGGUGGUGCGGGCACUGGCGGCCAACAGCGUCUCCUUCCUCUCCAAAACCGACUUCGCCCAGGAGAAGUAUCUGAGGAAGAAGCAGAAGAAGCACGCUCCCCGCCUGGUCGCCCGCUUUCCCACAGCUGACAGCGUGUGCGAAGCGUACUUCACCAAGGCGCCUGCCAGGAUUGGUUUCCUCCGCCCUGACAGCCUGGCGAUGCUGCUAGCCAUGGCCAAUGUGGGAGCGCACUCGCAGGUGCUGGUGCUGGACGGCACAGGGGGGCUCAUCACGGCUGCUGCCGCGCAGAGGAUGGGAGGCCACGGCGCCAUCUGCAGCGCCUUCUAUGCCUCGCAUGUGUCCCACGCGCCCUCCAUCGACAUCAUCCGCCAUCUCAACCUCUCGCUGCCUGCUGCCGCCAUGUAUGUCAGUGCCACCCCUCCCUCACUGCUGCCGCUGCCAUAA